CCAGCCUGGCGGGGGAGGAGAGAGCCUGUGAGUAAAGCCGUCCUCUCCUCUCUCCCCUGCACACGCAGCACACACUGCUGACAGACGAGGAGAGAGGUGCACGCAGUCUCACGAGCAGCAGUCAGUCAGUGGUAGUUUCUAAAUGGAGCUUUCGUGUUUUCUUCCCACUGGAUCACGGUAUCAAGAGCUGCCGUGCAUCUUGUUCCUGCAGCUGUGACAGGGACAGAGCGUGAAGACAUUAGGGAGGAGAGGAGAGGAGAGGAGGGACGCACAGAAACUGAGUGAAGUGCGAGGGAGCUCUUGGUCCUGCACACACUUCACACACAGACUGGGAACUAUUUCAUUGAGACAUGGGGUGUAGGCUGCCUAAGCUGCGGAAGGCAGAGGAGAAGCGAAGCCCGGGUAAUAUCUACUCCACUCUCCGACGGCCUCAGGUGGAGACUAAAGUGGGUGUGUCGUACACCUACCAUUUCCUGGAUUUCCUGUUGGGGAAAGAAGAGGUGCCAGUGUCAUCGGUGCUAUGCCUGUCCUCGGUCAGAGAACUGCCUGUUCAGGUCAGGGAGCUCUACGCUCAGGGGUUCGUCCUGGUCGCGGUGCACCCGUUCGUCCACCCCUGCGGCCCUCGCCACGCGCACAUCCAGCGCCAGCUUCACCGGGCGGUGCUGGUCCGAGAGACGCCAAGUUCAGAGAAAAGCCAACUGAGGUGGGCACGACACCGCCUGGACACAGAUGUGUGUGUGGCGGGUCACCAGGCCGCCGACCCCGAAGUGAUCCAGAGCUACGUCAAGAGGAUCCAGGAUGUAGCGGAGCAAGGGAUGAUGUUUGUGGGCUUUCUUCAGCAGCCAGGUGGCGCACCCUGCUUUCUGGGGCAGUGGGACCCUGAGGAACUGUCGUCCUUACACUCAAGCCCUUCGCCCAUACAUCGCAACCCCUUCAGCUCCAGCACCAGCCCGACAGAUCUAACAGAACCACUUCAAAGUGGCGCAGAACCCGACCAUCUCCCUUUUGAACCUCGAGAGUUAGAUCAUGAAAUGGUAGAAUGUAACACGCAGCCUUUGGUGCCCAUAGAACUGGACUUCAGCACUCUGAGUCCCACCCCGAGUUCAGAGCUCGGCGCAGAGGAGCCAAACGAACAGAUUCAGACCUCACAGAUCCUUUUGAAAGAGUCGCUGGAAUCAACAAACCAACCUCAACAUCACAGUAAGCCUGGGGUGGACACGGAUCAGUGGUGUCCAAGUCCGAACCCAGCAGACACCCAAGGGAGCCAGCUGCCUCUCAGAGAGCAGCAGCGCCGCGUACCAGAGCACAGAGACUCCACAGAGAAACACUCUCACCUUCCCGAGCAGAGAGAAAGACGGGGUUCAAGCCCAGACGGCUGGCUCAGCUCUCCAGAACUCGAGCGCAGCCAUGACAGAAAGUCCAGCUCCUUCUGUACGGAUGGACAAAGCAGAGAAACGACACACAACAACAACCAUAUUUGUCUCAAGAGUUCAGAGAAAGAUAAGAACACAACUUCAGCACAGGCUCGGAUGCAGCUCUUUGCCCUUUACAACCACACAGGAGAGCUGAACACGUCUCUGAGGUUCUACUCGCUGAGGGUGCCACUCCAGCUGCAGAAGGAGGCGGGGCUAAUCACAGAAGUCGAUGCGCACUGGCUCGACCACAUGACGCAGCAUUUCACCAGCGGUGCGCGCCUCAUCGACGGGUUUUUCCAGCUUGGAGAUGAUAACGAAACAGGCGUUUCAUCUGUGGACAGUGUCUUCAUCCUCCAGAGCUCUGCGGAGGAGACCACAAACACCUCCUACGAUGCCAUUGUGGUGGAGCAGUGGACCGUUGUUGAUGGUGUGGUGGUCAAGACGGACUACAUCCCAUUGCUCCAGUCUUUGGCUCCGUAUGGAUGGAGGCUCAUGUGUGUGUUACCCACACCCAUUGUCAAGACCAACAGUGACGGGAGUUUGUCGACCAAGCAGAUCCUCUUCCUUCAGAGACCCGUUUUGCAACGCAAGAGAAAAGACUUCAAGAUGCUGAACCUCAGGGGUCGCAGCAAGACAAAGAAAAACUCUACCGGAGAGGACGAGAGAGAGAUCAGGUCCCUAAUGAUGGAUGUGGAGAUGGACAGGUUGAGAAGAAACACAAACGAGGAGGAAGCGGAGGCGAGGAGGCGCUGGGAUGGCGGAAGGAGCGAUAGAGCGAGCCACCGGGAGCACGGAGAGGAGUGGGAGGAGGAGGAGGAGGAUGAGGAUGAAGAUGAAGGACAUCAGAGGGGCUCCGUGUUCCUAUCGGGGAGCGGGUUUUCCGUUGAGGACCAGGAGGAGGAAACUGACAUUGAUUUGAUCCCUCUGUCCAAGCAGGAGAAGUGUGUGAGAUGGACCGAUGUGUGUCAGAGAGAUGACGGAGGGGUCAGGGAGGAGGUGAAGAUGGAAGAGCGCAUCAAACAGCAGCUGUUUUCCGGCGUCUGUUGAAACAUUGGGCACAAAAAGAGAAUGAAACCCGGUUAGUUUUAAGUCUUUUAAAGGAGUGUUUUUGUUGAGCUGGAUUCUAGUUCCUCUGUGGACAUUGGUGUCCUGUAUUUAUAUCACGCACUGUUACUUCAAUCUGCCCUGUUUAGGGUGUGAGGCUUUCAGGUCGUAGCUCCUAUCAAAGGGGAACGUGUUGUGCAGUUUCUCUGCUUUGGGUCAGUGUUGCUGUUUGAUGUGUUUGAGAUGACAUGAGACUGAACAGGACGACACAGACAGAGUCUCCAGUCUGAAGCCUUAAGUAUUAUUUUCUGGCCCAUUGUUGUAUUUUACCACUUUCAUGUAAUAGGGCUGUUAGAAAGGGAGUAUUGAUUUCACUGGGCUGUUUGCAUUUUUAUAUGUUAACUAUGAAGAUUAAGAUAGAAAAAGAGACGGGAGAAAAAGGUAUCGCAGAAUGUGAAGUAAACCACUUUAGAGCUCAUCUGGUAAAUCUGCUUCACGUUAUGUGUUGGUCAAUAAACCAGUUUUAGUUCAGAUGAGCCAAAUAUGUUCGAGGUAAUUUAUUAUGAGUUGAGGUGAGUUUGUUUUCAAAAUGUUUGGGAAUAACAAAACUAUGUCAACCAAUAAUUAGUUAAGAUUUUAUAAAAGUAUUUAAUUCGUCUGGGCCAAAAGAUUAGAUAUAUUAAAUAAUAGAUUCUCUACACUGCAGUAAAGUAGUAAGUGGUACAUUCUAUUGGGUAGGUAAACGUUAAAGGGUCAGUUCAUAUAAAUUUGUAAAAAUAUUUUGCCAUUAGAGCCAGUGUACAUGUAAAAGUAGCUGUCUGAAAGGUUUUUGUUAUUUUUGGCCAAACUCAAGAGAUAAUCAGUGUCUCCACCACAAUAUGAUGCAGGUGAAUUUGAGCUGGGGAUUUUAUUCAUGCUCAUAUUUAUCUAGAUUUACUGCGCUGUGGUUGUUUAACUCUGCAAACCAGUACAGUUUUAGUCUAAAUGUGUUUUUUUCCCCCCCAAACUCAUGAGAUCCGCUUGAGCUUUGUCUACUGAUGUCUAAUCAGUCUAGACUUUACAUGUCACCGUAUUUUGAGCACCCAAAGCUAAUCACUUCAUCCGUGGGUCUCAGUGAACACAGCUGCCAAAUUUGAAAGGAUUCUCAAGAGGCAUUCUCAAGAAAAAACGCAUUGACGAUGACCUUGAGCUUUGACCUCCAAUUUCUCCUCAGGUCAGGCUUGAGUCGAAGUGAAUAUUUGUGCCAGAUGUAAUUAAAUUCCCUCUGGAUGUUCCAGAUAUAUCAUGUUUACAAGAACAUAAGGUCAGUGUGACCUUGACCUUUCACCAACAAAAUCCACUCCGUUCAUCUUUGAGCUCAACUGAACAUUUGUACCACAUUUGAAGAAAUUCCCUCGAUGUGUUGUUGAGACAUUGUUUUCACAAGAAUGGGACUAACAGAAGGACGACCUGAAAACAAAAUGCCUCGUGUCAAUGGCUGUUGCUGGUGUGGAGGCUUAAAAAUAAAUGAAUCAUUAAUAAAUAUCUCUUUCCAGAAGUGAUACUCUGGAUCAACCACAUCAUAAACUUCGAACUUUCCUUAGAAACUCAAUCAGUUUAACGCUAAUGCAGUUUUUCAGAGCUGUGUGCAUUGACCCAUUUUAUUUCCGUGGUUUCAAAACCUGAACAAAUCAAACAAAAAUUGUCCAUUUGGCAAAAAUAAUACAUGAAUGAGGAAAAAUGCUUUUAUGUAAUUUGAGUGAACUGGCCCUUUAUACAACAUGUCUAUUUAAAAUCAGCUCUUUAUUACUUAUGUUCCAGACCGUGUUGUGUGCAAGUAAUGUGAAAAGCCUUUAUAUGGAAGCAGAGGUCAAUAUAAGUGUCAACCCA